UGUCAUGGAAAUACUUCAGACGCAUAAAUUUGACAAAGAGUCUUCAAAGGCACAAAAGCCAGGAUGAUGAACAAGGAUUAAGCUCGACGCAUCUGAGACGCCACAAACAAAUAUUCCUGCUUCAAAAGCAUUAAAAAGCACUUUAGGGGCGUUUCACGGGCUAUAUGUCGUUUUAUAUAAAUUAAGGGAAUGUUUGGUUUUCGCAAGAGUAGACUUUGCGCGGUACAAACGCGACAGAACAAUUGCAUUUAACAUUGGAGCAGCAAGUGCUUUUGCUUGGACACGCGAGAUGGCCAGAGUGCGAUGCAUUCAGCACCUGUCAGGAUGGUUUGUUCUCUUCAGCUUAAUGACACGCCAGAGUCAGUCCAUUGAGACAGUCAAUGUCGUGGACUUCUGCGGACAGACAAUACAGGGGGAUGGCAUGAUCGUAAAGUCCCACCAGGAAUCCCGGAAGUACUACUUUGUCACCAUGGGAACGGAUUGCCACCUCACCAUGCAGUCCGCCACCCCCCGGGACAAGGUGCAGUUCUACUUCCGCUUUUUUCUGGUCUACAGCCUGCUACGAGUGUCCCCGCACAGCCCCGCACCCCUCUUCCCAGAAUCACCCAGGGGGUCCUCUUCAUCUGGCCCGACGCGGCCUGAUUUGAGCUUGGAGCCAACCACCAGGGAGGGGCCUGAAGACCCCUGCCACGCUGGCUCUUACAUCCAGUUCUACGACGGGAGGGAUAAAUCCGCACCCCCUAUUGGCCAGCCACUCUGUGGGAAGAGCCCUCCCCGACCGGUGUUGUCAACGGGCAACUUUUUAACUCUGCGUCUUGUGACGAGAGGAACACAGCCAAGGGUGGACUUUGUUGGAGACUUCACUUCAUUCAGGCUUGGUUUUAACCAAUCAGAGUGCAGCGGACAGCCUUACUUCAACUGUCGCAAUGGGAAGUGUAUUCCCAUGAGUCUGGUUUGUGCCGAUGAUAAAGGCAUUGACAACUGUGGCGAUGGCAGCGACUUAAUUGAUUACCCUGGUUGCAACGGUCCUCUAUCUACACCCAAGCCCCCACAGCAUCAUGUUACCCAACCAGCACAGAUGCUGAAUGUUCCUACUCAAACAGUUUCAACUUUAAAGAACUGUGCCACUCCAAACGCCAUUCCUGAUCCAGAUUCUAUAACCGAUUCCCAGUCUUCCAUUUCUCUGCUGGCACUGUAUGUGGUUCUGGGUGUGACGGCAGGAGGGGUUCUUAUGUGCUGGUGCUGUUGGGCCCCUGGCUGGUUCCUGUGGCGCGUGAGUGUGUUUCGCUUCUUGCCCUGCUGCAACUCCUGCUGCGCAUCCUGCCAGCUCUGCGGACGGAGCUGCUUGCAAAACAAGGACCACCGGCUGGCCAAGGUUACGCCGGAAGGAGCAGCAACACCUGUGUCUUCUACCACCACGGUGGCUGUGUAAAUACACUCCUCUGAGAUCUCCUAGAUACAUAAAAGACUGAAAAUGGAGAUGAUAAGGACAAUUUUGCAAUGAAAAAGAAACAAGAAUUGAUGGGCAGUGGAGUGUUUUGUGUUUUGUUUUUGAAAAAGUGUAGAAUAUAAUUCAGCAAAAUGUGCUAUUUUUAUUUUUUAAACUGGAUUUGUUAUAUGUAUUUCAUAGAUACUGGAUUUGGAGAAACAACAUGAGCUGAGAUUUCUAGUUUCUAGCCUGUUUCGCAAAGUGAAAAAGGAAAGAAUUCCACUCUAUAUUACCUCAGUGGGAUAACUCACUUGUUGUUUUAAUCUGUUUCCUGAACAUGAGCAAUGCUAGUGACUCUUUUUCUUGUUGAACUAUUGUAUUGUGUAUAAAAAACUAAGUAGAUUCAAGGUUAUGCCAAAAAGUGCUAUAAACCGAUUUUUUCUAAAAGUGUUUUCUUAAAACCAAAUCUUGCAUGUUCACUGACAUAAAAUCUCGGAAACCUAGACCACUGAUGCCACUGUGUUUAAAUAAAUGUGAUGUGCAAGAUAACUACUGUAAUGUACAUAAAAAACUUCAAAUCUUGCCAAUUUUUUUAGGCUGAACUAGUUAAUAUGAUUAGAGGAACUACAAAGUGGAUGUUUGUUUAUCAAUUUGAUGAAGUUAUUUAAAGGAAUAGUUCACUCACAAAUAAAAAUUUCCUUAAAAUGUACUCAUCCAGGAUGUAAAUGAGUUUGUUUUUUCAUCAGAACAGAUUUGGAGAAUUAACAUUACAUCACUUGCUCACCAGUAGAUCCUCUGAAGUGGAUGGGUGCCGUCAGAUUGAGAAUCCAAACAGCUGAUAAAAGCAUCACAAUAAUACAAAAGUAGUUCACAUCACUCCAGUGCAUCAGUUAACAUCUUGUGAAGUAAAAUUUGUGUGUUUGUAAGAAACAAAUCCACCAUUAAUAUAUUUUUUACAUCAAACCAUAACUUCUGGCUAAAAUAUGAGUAUUCAUAUCCAUAAUAGGUUAUUUCUUUUCCAAUGAAAAAGUAAUCUUGUUUGAAUAAGGUGAAAAAUAUGCAUAGAAAAAUGCACCAUUAACAAACAAAAACAGUCUGAAAUAGUUCUGAACAUAUACGUGGGUGGAUUUUGAUGUGAGAGGAAGUGUAAUUAUGGAUUAUAGUCUCAUAUUUUGGCCAGAAGCAAUGGUUUGAAGUUAAAAUUACUUAUUGAUGAAUUUGUUUCUUACAAAUACAUGGUUUUAACUUCACAAGAUGUUAACUGAUUGAAGUGUUGUGGAUUACUUGUGUAUUAUUGUGAUGUUUUUAUCAGCUGUUUGGACUCUCAUUCUAACCGCACCCCAGGUUUCAGUGGUGAGCCAAAAUACCCCUCCACAAAUCAGAAUAACCCUUUCUCCAGUGCUUCCUCAAAAUCUGUUCUGAUGAAAAAGCAAACUCAUAUACAUCUGAAGGUGAGUUCCUUUUCAUUUUUUUGGUGAACUAUUCCAUUUCCUUUUUUGAUUUGUUUCUGACUUACACAUUUGUCCACUGCAAUAGAAGAUAGUACGCCAUGUAUCACAACUUUUGAAAGGCAUUUUGAAUUUGUGUUGAUAUAAAUAAAAAAAUACAAUAAUAUAUAAACAAGGUAAGUCAUUUGGAAUAAUGAGAAAGGGUCAAAGGUCAUCCCGUUUGCCAUUUUCUCCGUGCUUGAGCAGCUGUAGCGACAACAAUGUCUCGUAAGCAAUGCAGGUGUUUUGUAUUUGGAUGUAAAAAUUAGACAUCAGAGCCACUUAGGAUGCAGAUUAGUUUUGUUUUUGAUGACAAUGCACCACCGAAUACACAAAAAAUGGAAGAGAAGGGUGGAGUGAGCAGUAGCUCAUUAUCAUUUAAAGAGACAUGCACCAGACAGGCUGCUGUAAACAGAGCUGUUUUUGACAAGGUAAAAGAGGUGUUGUUUUACACAAAGUAUUGUAACAUGGACGCUGAGGCAGCGUUAGAAUCCAUAUGCAGAAGUUUAUUGGAAACAACAGCAAACAUACACGUGAAACAGGCAGAGGGUCAAUAACCGGGAAAGCAGUCCAAAAACCAUAAACGUAAUCCGAGCAGCAAGGUGAUAACACAGGCAGUGAGUCAAAUACCAUGAAGUCAGUCCAAUAAAGCAAACAAUCCGACAGGGGUAAUCCGUGAACUCAAUAAUCCAUAAACAAAGCAAGAUAGCAACAGGCAAUCCAACAGAGUAAUGUAAACGCUCGAUAAGGCAGGUUAAACUGGCAAUACUUCGCGAGGUCUUGAGCACAUGGUCAGUUUUUAAAUAGUGCCAAACAGGAAGUAGCAGUAGAAGCAGCAGAGGGAGCGUGCAAGCAGUCCUAGGGUGAGAGCUCCCACUGCUGGCUUGGCGUUACAAGUAUUUUGCAGACAUGUCAUUAAAGACCCUUAAAAUCAUAUUAAAAGCAUACCAGCUUGUGGAAAAUGGGCAUCCGAUUUUGUAAAUUAGCACCAUUUGUUUUUUAAUUAUUUCAUGCAUAUUCAAAUGCAUUGAGUACAUCACUGUUGUUGACAAAUGUA